AUGAAGACAAAAGAACAGCAGCAGCCGGUCUCUGCAUCUCACACCGAGAGUAUCCCUAACUCCGAUAUGUCUGCCACACACGACGAAACGCCUAGGGAGGAUCAGAAAAGCUAUAUCGUUGGUGGAAAGUAUCGUGAACAAUUGCACGAUGAACAAUCCCCAGCAUUCGACAAUCAACUACUACAAGAGGUCGACUUCGACCUGCCUCUCACCGUGACCAGACCUCAAGAACAUGACGGUCAACAAUUCCUUGUCCUGGAAUUCGUGGAGGGCGAUAAAGAGAAUCCAUUUAACUGGAGUGGAAAGAGAAAGGCCUUCAUCAGCCUUCUACUUUGUCUCAUGACCCUGUUUAUUGGUCUUGCCACUACAGCAUACAGCUCCGGUAUCUCCGAUAUGGUUGAAGACCUGGGGGCUUCUACAGAGCUUGGCCAGCUGGGCUUGUUCACGUUCAAUUUCACUUGUGCUCUUGCUCCUCUAUUCCUGGCACCCUUCUGUGAGCUGGCAGGACGUCGAGUUAUUUAUGUCGGUGCCUAUGUUUGCUUCGCCUUGAUGUUCAUUGGACUUUCUCUCGGAAAGAAUAUUGGUACUAUCAUCGUCUGCCGUGCCCUUCUAGGUCUGUUUGGAUGUGUUGGUACUAUUCUUGUCGGUGGUACUUUCGGUGACAUGUAUACCCCUGCUCACCGUGCCAUCCCGAUGGCUUCUUUCUCCUUCGUCGCCAUUUUCGGUACCGUCGCCGCCCCUAUCUACGCUGGAUUUAUCGAUCAAGCUCUAGGAUGGAGAUGGGUUGAGGGUAUUCAAGGAUUGGCAAACAUUCCUCUCGUCAUCGUCAUUGCCAUCUUUCUUUGCGAGACUCGUGGUGGUGUCACUCUGGCUAAGCGAGCCAAGAAGAUUCGCAAGUCUACUGGAGAUGAGCGCUUUGUCACCCACAACGACCUUGAAGCACCUGGCAUUAAGCAGAUGCUUCACAACUCAUCGGUCAAAGCUGUUCGUAUGCUCUUCACCGAGCCCGUCGUCUUCGCCUUCGGUCUCUGGAUUAGUUUUGCCUGGUUCUUGACCUUCCUUUUCCUUUCCGUCAUCCCGAUUACUUUCACCGACAAGCGUGGCUGGGGAGAAGGUGUCGCCGGUCUUCCCUAUAUCUCUCUCUGCAUUGGUACGACUAUCGGCUUUGGUCUGAACUUCCUGCAGAUUAACAAGUACAAGUCUCUUGUCGCCGACCCAUCUACCAAGGUCACCCCCGAGGCCCGUCUGUAUGGUGCUAUGUGCGGUGCGGUCUGGCUACCCAUCGGUCUGUUCAUCUACAGUUUCACCCAAUAUGCUCAACUCAGCUGGGUGGGUCCCGUUAUUGGGCUAGCUCUCAUUAGUAUUGGAAUCUUUUUCAUUUUCGAGUCCUGCUACAGCUACACCUCCGAUUGUUAUGGCGAAAACUCUUCAUCUGCCAUUGCUGGACAGGGUUUCAUGCGUAACACCCUUGGUGCCAUUUCGCCCCUCUUCGCUACUCAGUUCUUUGAGAACUUGGGCAGCCAGUAUGCUGGUCUUCUUUUGGCACUCAUUGCUACUGCGCUGACCUUCAUUCCAUUCAUCCUUUAUAAAUUCGGGCCUGCACUUCGUGCUCGGUCCAAGCUGGCUAGCUCUACAGUGGCUGCUAGUACCCUCUAG